AACCCAAAGGCCCAAUCUCAGUCAAAUAUGCCACAAAUUCCUAAAACCCAAAGGUUCAAUCGCAGUCAAAUUUGCCUUCCCUUCCUCUGUUCUGUCCGGAAAGGAAACACUCGAGCGAGCUCUCCAACAACCAACAUGUUGCUGGCAACUCUCAAUCUCAUUACAAUCCCGCUGUAGGGAUUCUCCUCAUCCAUGAUGCCCCAACUUCCGCCUCUCUUUCUCUCUCACCAUAUUAAAUUCUCUUUAAAACCUUUCCAUAACAAUUUUUUAUUUUUAUUUUUCUGUUUUUUGAGUGCUUUUGUUGAACUAUUUUAUGGUUCAGCAGCUAUAAAGAACUUGAAAUAUGCUCGUGUAACUCUAUUAUUCCAAUAUACCCAUUAGUUUUUUUGGUUCUGAAUGUUGGGUUACAUGGCGCUGGAAUAUUCUAUUUUCAAUGUGCCAAGGUUCAUUUCCGUCACGAAAUCGUGUUUGCUAUCUUACUCUGAUCGGCACAUGAGAUUUCCAGUAAAGAUUUUGGAGAAAAGUAACCGGUGCCCAUCUCGGUUAUCGUUGAAUAGCAUUGGUCCGUGUGGUUUUAGGGGCUGUUUUAGUGCUAGAUAUCUGGAAUACGACUUGUUUUUACGCAGAGAUGGCUUGAAAUUUGCAGGUCAAGAUAGUGACAGUUUUUGUGGUAAAGGUCUGAAUUUAGACUCUUUUACAGAGUUGGUGAAGCGCCGGUUUGUUUUGGUGGCAAUGGUUUGUGCGGUGCUAGUGUUUGGGUGUAGGAGAGUGUUUGCAAUGGAAGGUCCGGUGAAUGCUGGUUAUGGCGUUAUUGGGAAAAGCAUUUUGUUGUUGAAGAAUGCGUGGCCGAAGACGUUAGAGGUUCUUUGGGUUUUCAAAGAACAGGGUCUGGUUUUGGCAGCGCUUUUGGGUCUAUCGGCGUUUUUCUCAAUGGCGGAGACUUCAAUUACUAUGCUUUGGCCUUGGAAGGUGCGUGAGUUGGCUGAAAAGGAGCCUGAAAAUGGAGUCUUCAGAAAACUUCACAGUGAUGUCACACGGUUCCUAACUACUAUACUAAUUGGCACAACUGUAGUCAAUAUCGGAGCAACUGCCUUAGUCACAGAAGCCGCAACAGCAAUAUUUGGUGAAGCUGGUGUUAGUGCAGCAACUGGAGUAAUGACUGUAGCCAUUUUGCUCCUCACGGAAAUCACUCCGAAAAGUAUAGCUGUUCAUAAUGCUACAGAGGUUGCUAGGUUUGUGACCAGUGGCAUGGCUUUCAUUGGUAUUAUAUCCUGUGGGAAGAGUUGUCACAUAUUUAUCUAUGGGGAUGCUAAAAAUCCUUGGUUUAAAAGGAAGAAGGUACUGUGUAUUGAGGAGCACAAAAGAAUUCAGAAUCAGAAUGUGGAUGGUGAUGAUCUAGGGGAGGUUGAAAGCUUCGAACCAUAUGUAACUGAAGAGGAGUUGAAAUUGAUGUUGCGAGGAGCAGAGUUGAGUGGGGCAAUCGAGGAGGAAGAACAGGAUAUGAUUGAAAAUGUAUUGGAGAUUAAAGAUACUCAUGUUAGAGAGGUGAUGACACCUCUUGUAGAUGUAGUUGCAAUUGAUGACAAUGCGACACUUUUAGAUUUUAAUAACUUGUGGGUGACUCAUCAAUAUUCAAGGGUACCUGUUUUUGAGCAGCGUAUUGAUAAUAUAGUGGGUAUUGCAUAUGCUAUGGACCUGCUGGAUUAUGUUAAGAAGGGUCAUCAACUAGAAACUACUACUGUCGGACAUAUGGCUCAGAAACCUGCAUACUUUGUGCCUGAUUCAAUGUUAGUCUGGAAUCUCCUUAGGGAGUUUCGCAUCCGGAAGGUUCACAUGGCUGUUGUGCUUAACGAAUAUGGUGGAACUGUGGGAAUUGUUACCCUGGAAGAUGUGGUUGAGGAGAUUGUUGGUGAAAUCUUUGAUGAAAAUGAUUCAAAGGAAGAGAUUCAGAAGAAAACUGGCUACAUUGUAAUGCGAGCAGAGGGAAUAUUUGAUGUGGAUGCAAACACUUCUAUUGAUCAACUUUCUGAAGAUCUAAAUAUCAAGAUGCUGGAGGCAUAGCCCAAGUACACAAGAAGUAUACAAGAAAAAAUACCUACAUACAACAUCUAAGAAGAAAGGAAAUGGUAAUCACGGUUCAUGUAAUCACAGCUCAGCAGCCCACGGUUCAUAAAUAUGGUAAGACCUCCCAUGCUGAAAAACUUCCUAUUUUCUUGCCAAUCGUAUGAGUGUAGUUAUGGAAAAGAUCAUUUCGAAGUCACAAAAUGCUUUUGUUAAGGGGAGAAUGUCUCUAGUUGGUUCUCAUUGCAAACAAAUGUCUGGGUGGUAGAAUCAGAUCUAGUGUUUCUAUUGUUCUUUAUAAAUUGGAUACGGAGAAAGCUUAUGAUCAUAUAAAUUGGGACUUUUUGGUGUAUAUUCUUGGCAAAUAUGGUUUUGGGGAGAGGUGGUGCAACUGGAUGAACCAUUGUAUCACUACUGGUAGAUUUUCGGUUUUGGUUAAUGGCACCCCUAUGGGUUUCUAUAAUAGUUCCCCUGGUUUAAGACAAGGGGAUCCUUUAUCUCCCUUCCUCUUUGUUUUAGUAACGGAUGUGCUGAGCAAAAUGUUGUAGGCAAUGGUGGAUGGGGCGUUUUAUGUCUGGUUUUUCAGUGGGUGGUUCUUUGCUUGGGUGCAUAAAUGUCUCACAUCUUCUCUUCGCUGAUGAUAUUUUAAUUCUUUGUGAGCUGUAUCCUAAUCAUAUUUGUUCACUGCGUGCCCUUUUGCUUUGCUUUGAAACUAUUUCAGGCCUUAAGGUGAAUUUGUCAAAGUCUGAAAUGGUAUCUGUUGGUUUGGUACAUAAUAUUGGGGACUUGGCUGAUAUCUUGGGUUGUAAGGUGUCAACUUUGUCGAUGAAGUAUCUUGUCUUCCAUUGGGGGCCCCUUGUAAAUCCAAGGCAAUGUGGGACAGUGUUAUUGAAAAGAUAGAGAGUAGAUUGGCUGGAUGGAAAAUUAUGUUUUUGUCUAAAGGGGGAAAACUCACUUUAAUUAAGAGCACUUUAUCUAAUCUCCUUACAUAUUUUCUGUAUUCCCUUUGCCUGCAGGUGUGGCUAAUAGAAUGGAAAAGAUCUUUCGUGUGUUGUUUUGGGACGGCUUGGGAGAUGAGAAAAAGUUCCAUUUGAUUAAAUGGGACAAGAUUUGUAACACCUUUAUCUCGUGGAGGUUUGGGGGUAAGAAAGCCGAGAAUUUUUAGUAAGGCACUACUUGGGAAAUGGUCGUGGCGGUAUCACCAAGAAAGGGAUGCUCUAUGGAGGAUUGUCAUUGAUGCUAAAUUUGGGAGCAUUGGGGGAGGUUGGAGCUCAAAUGAUGUUUGGUGUGGAUAUGUUGCUUUGAAGGAUGCUUUCCUUUCUCUUUUAAGGAUUGCAUUGGAUGAGGAUGCUUCUGUAGCAAACUACAUGGACAAUUCCAAUGGCUUUGUGCAGUGGAAUGUGAGGUUCAUUAGAGCUGUUCAGGAUUGGGAGGUGGGGGACAUAUCUGAUUUUACAGCACAUUGUAUGCAUUGAACAUGGAAUGUGGUGGGGAAGGAUAAAAUGCUUUGGAUUCAUCCUGGGAAUAAGAACUUCUCGGUUAGAUCUUUGUACAAGGUUAUGUCAACCCAAUCAUCUGUUGUUUUUCCUUGGAAGGGCAUAUGGAAAAGUAAAGUGUCUCUCAAGGUUGCUUUUUUCAGUUGGUUGGCUUCUUAUGGGAAAAUUUUGACUAUUGAUAAGUUGAGGAAGCGUGGUGUAUUUAUUAUGGAUUGGUGCUUUGUGUAAAAGGAAUGAUGAAUUGGUGGAUCAUCUUCAUCUCCAUUGUGAUAUGGUGAAGGUUUUAUGGGAUGAGAUUUUUGUUAGGCUUGAUAUUGCAUGGGUGAUGCCUAGGAGGGUGGUGGAUCUUUUGGCUUGUUGGAGUGGAAUACAGGGCAAUCAUCAAAUAGCAGUUGUUUGGAAGAUGGUGCCAUUAUAUCUCAUGUGGUGCAUAUGGAAUGAGAGGAAUGGACGUGACGUUGCUUUGAAAAUAGAGGACAUUCGUUGGGAGGGAUUAGAGAUUUAUUUUUCCAUACGUUGUUACUUUGGGCAUCAACUAUUGUAUUGGAAGGGGUUAGUUUUAAUGAUUUUUAUGCUGCUUUUUCUAGCUCGGAUUGUAAUUAGUUGUUUUUCUCUUUUCUCUUGUAUACUACAUGUGUACUUGGACUAUGCCAAAUUAUGUGGAUUAAUAAAUUUUCUUACUUAUAAAAAAAAAUGAUGAACAACCUUCCUAUAUGCUUUAUAAACCGUAUAUUCAUCCAUUUCUUAUUUAUGUACUUAAUAUAUCUAACAUCAAUACAAGAAGCAUUUUGUUAUCUUAGAUCAUACUCAUAGUAUUCAUGUAAUUCCAAUACGCUUUGAGCUCCCAUUGAGCUCACCUUGCACCUGUGGUGACACAGGGUUACCAAUAUGAGACAGUGUCAGGUUUUGUAUGUGAGGCAUUUGGAUAUAUUCCACGAACAGGUGAGAGAAUAAAAGUGGUCCUUGCUAAGGCAAAUCAAGAAGAGAAUGAUGAGUCCAAAUCUGACAAUCAGGAU